AACCAUCAACCGCACGACGGCACGACGACGUAAAUCUUUAGAUGGUUAUUUUAUUAGCAUUAAAGUGAAUUUGUGUGUAGGAAGUUAUUUCUUCGCUCCAACGUUACUGGUGCAUGCAAAUUCAUUCGCAAUAACUCGUGCAGCGCAAUAGUGCUGGUUGCAAAAUUCUUUGCAGGAAAGAAUAAGUGCGUGCUCUUGUUAGUGCGCAUGUUAUCUGCUAGCUAAAUAUUAGUUUUAUACAAUACAUGCAUAAGCAUUGUCAGAUAAGCAUGUUAGUGCACAGACUUAUUGUAGUUAUGCAUUUGCACUUUGCGGAUUUGAUAACAAACAGAUCACGCAGAUAAGUUAAACUCAGGAUCAGUGUCAGCGAGUGACUUGUUUUUAUUCUUAUUGCACAUUUUUAUUUGUCAUAUCUGUACGAUUUGUCGUACUAUACGAAUUGUUUUUGGAUCUACUACAAUUUAGUCAUUGCCAGUGUUGAAUAACUAAACUUUUAAUAAUGUCGGCAGGAUAUUCAAACAAUCGUCAGUGUUUGUUUACGUGAAGAAUCAACUUUUAAUUUACGACGUGCAAUGUGUCAAUUAAGUGGAAAUGUAAAUAUUAUCUGCGUACCUCCAAUUAUACAUACAACCAGAAAUUAUGACAAAAAUAAAUGUCACGACUCGCAGAUUUAAUCAGAAAUUUAAUCUAAUCACUCAAACAAACUCUUGAACAAUGUUGAGUACAGGAUUUUUCAGAAAAGGAUCUCAAGUAAUUGCAACGACCGACAUUGUCGCCUCGGUAUUAUCGUUCAUAUCCAUAUUUUUCCUAGUUUUCUUGACCAUAACUCACGGAGACCGUUUGGAAGCAAAAGUACAUAAAAAUGAGGAUGAACAUCCAGAACUUGCGGCUUUAUUUGCCCUUGGACGAGGACCAUUUGUUCUGAUAAUGCUGAUUCUAAUGCUCAUCUGCGUGUUGUACUUUUUCCUCGCGAGGUUCCUUCUAUACGCUGCUCAAGAGCGAUCUCAUCAAAAAAUUCGCCGCUGGUGCACGAUAAGCCUAGUCAUCAUUAUCAUUCGAGCAGCAUUUUUCAUUACGGCAGUAUUUUUCACGGCCGACCGAGCAUUUGUGUCUUCCUUUGGCGUGGUCGGCUUUCUCUACCAAAUAUUUGGCCUCUGGUUUGUACGACUUUAUCAAGAUCGCCUCAAAGAAGACCAGGAUACCAAGAUUCAGUUUAUCGAGGAACUUAGUCGUGUAGAAAUUCAAAAUAUUGGUCAAUUUGAAAUGUUUCCAUACUCUUCCAAUGCCAUUCUUUAUGACAAAUAAUUAGCCCGUUUAUAUAACCCAUAUUACAUGUAAGAUAUUUAUUUUUCAGUAUUAUUUUUUUAAAGUCACAAAUACUCAAGUGUGUUAUACAAUUGUGAUUGUUUAUGUAUGUCUCAAUUAACAGUCAAUAAAGUAUUAAGCAAAUGUUUACACUUAUUAUCCGGAACUGGAUAUUAGUUAAAUAUUAAUUAGUAGAAAAUAGUUUCUCAACAAAUACAUAUGAUGUGAUCCUUAAGAGAUACAUAUUUAUUAUACAGACGCCAUUGCUUAUUUUCAGCAAUGAUUGCUGCACAAACUAAAUCAAGAUUUGAUUUAAAGAGUGUUUAUAUGUAUUUACUUCCUUUAAUGUAUGCAAAAUUAAGUUUUGAUUCGCAGAGUUAUCGUAUGCAUGUCAACUAUCUAUCUUUGCGCUAUUGUACUACUGUAUGGUUCGAUAACUUUGAUUUUGAUGCGAUUGUCUUUGCACACAGAGGCAAUUCUAUUCUCGUAGUUUAGCAAGAAUUGUCUAACUCACAGACAGAGGUUAUAAAUGUCAUGUGCCAAUUUGGGAGACCUUAUUCGUCAUAUUGGCUUUGCCAGAGACGACCAAUCCCAAAAAUGGGAUUUCUUUUGGAAACCAAUGGUGGAAGUGAGGGUCCACCACUAUUCGCACUGUUUAUCGCCAGUGCUGUCCUCAUAAUAAAAUCAGAACCAACUCCCGGAUUCGGUUUUCCACUUCCGUACUACUCCCUGCCCUUCCCACCAGUCGCGUAUAACCACAUUUUCAACCCGAUACCAAGUAAUUUCAUCGCAUCUCAGCAUUUCCAACCACUUCAAACCCCUCAACAAUUUCCUCAAAACCCGACCAACCCAACACCUGCAGCAGCCACAACGAGCCAAAACCAGGGUCAGGAACAAAACACCAACAGCAAAGCGUUUCAAGACCCACAAAUUGCAGAUAUAAGAGCACGCUUACUGCAACAACGGCAACAACAAACAAUGAAACCUAGUACUGCAAACCAGGCUCUCAACAGUGGCAACAGUAAUGAUAAUAAUAGUGGCAAUAAUAGAAACACCAAUAUUGCGCCGCCCAUCAAUAGACAGAGAACAACGCAAUUUCUCCAAAGGUCCAAUGUGAACAACGCCAUAACGCCCAACAAUAAUGGCUUCAACAACGGUUUCAACAAUGGUUUCAGCAAUGGGUUUAGCAAUGGCUUUAACAAUGGCUUCAGUAAUGCAAAUAAUAAUGAAAUCAUUCAGCAAAAUAGUCCGAACGGCCCAGGGAACUAUUUUGGACAAGACCAACAGCAGCGGACUGAGCAACCAGGUCUGGUGACAAAUUCGGUUGUGCCCAACGCAUGGGCUAAUCCCAACUUUGGGUGGGGUUGGUCUAACGAUAUCGUGGGCUGGGGCUACAACACACCGUCGCCACAAACUCCCUCAGGAAUGGGAGGGGACAGUUCUCCCCCCGUGAUGAUGGAUGAGCAGGGUGUGACGACCAGGCAAAGAAAUUCGACUGCGAAUUCACUAGUAGAAAACGCGACAAUAACUCCCAAUAAUUUUUCGAGCAAUUCCACUGCAGUAAACUCGCUGAGUGAUGCCGUGGCCAAAUUUCGACGCAUUGUAACACAAAUAAGAGAAAUCACAAGGAGAGAAUUAGGAAGUUAGUACAUAAUAUUUUUAUAGCAAGCUAAUGUUUAGUAAUGGCUCGAUUUAUACGUAAUUAUUAAUACAAUAAUCGUACAAUUAAUUUAUAAAUUUAGGCGAAUAAAAUGGACAAUAUAUAAAUUAUUUUUAAUUAAAAAUAAGUUAACAAAGAAA